AUGAUGUGGCCACGAGCUAGUGGCCUCCUGCCACAUGGCGGGCGUGGAUUCACCGGGUGUCAUGCUGACGGGGCCGGGUGUCCGUGUGGUGGAGGAGGUGGCGGUAGUGGAGGGCCCGUCGAAGGGCCGGCGGUGGCAGGUGGGUCGUCGGUGGGGCGGUGCGGAGGAGCGUCGGCGGUGGAGGGGCCGACUGGAAGCGGCGUGGCGGGGGCAACGGUGGCGGGGCCGGAGUGGCCUGCACGGCGGAGGAGUGGGGCCUGCGUGGGCGGUGGUGCAUGGAGAGGCUGUGAGGUGGCAACUGCGGGGGCCGCUGGAGACUGGCUGGCGGCGGUAGAGGGAUAG